UUUGCCAUUUUCUAAAAAUGUCAAUUUCAUGUGCUCAAAUUAUUUAUUUUCGUCUCUAAACCGUUUUACAACCGAGUUGCCGUGAACAUCGUUAGGUAAUUGCCUGUUUAGACAUCAGCCUCUUUAAAAUGCCUCGCAGAAACAACGAAAGAAGAGCAGCCAAAAGACAACAUGAAGGGGAAGAUGAGGCUACCACGAGCAAACGAAUCAAUGUUGAGUCGCCCCUGCAUCCGGCCCUUAAACCGAAAGCCGGUAAUUUGGCAGCAAAUAGAUUAACUGCACUUCGGAAACGGCUAUGCGACACUUUGGCGCCAGCAUCAGAGAAACCGGCGAAGCCUUUCCAAGGCACUUCUAGUUCUGUGUGUGCAGGUGGAACAAUCAGCCCUAAAGAGCAAUUCACAAAGUAUCCUUUGGAAACCGCAAUUAAGAGGCUCGAAAACAGUCGCAGAAAACUUAAUGGAACAGUUAUAGUUAUAGACGAUAGUCCUUCGCCAGCCAAAGACAAACACAAGGCACAGUUUGACUCACCUCAGGGCUUUAUUGUGCUGUCCGAAGCCGAGGACAGUGUUCGCAACGAAACGCCCCUAGUAUCAGCCAAUGAAAGAUUAAGAAAAUUCAGAAGCAAUUCCCUCAGCUUAAGCCCAACGUCCAGCUCCAAAACGUUGACUCCCGAUAGUGGAGAAAAGCUCAACAGUUCAGUUGUCUACGUUAAAACCUCUAGAGCAACGAUUAUACCAAAAGCUAAUCUGUUUAAGAGUCCGAAACAUGCUGAUGUGGUUAAUGGAAGGGCGACUGAUGUGGAACGAUUGCAAAAGACACCGGCCAAGUCGCUUGCUAAUGUGCCCAGAAUUGCUGAAAAUGAAUGCCCAGGGAUGGCAAAUUUGAUUCCAAAAAAGUCCCCUAUUACUGAGAUGGGAAGCAGUCCAAUGGGCAAUAGACGAGCAGCGAUAAAAAAUGAAAUCGGUGCCGGUUCAUCUACUGGAAAAACUGUGAAAAGCUCUCUAGCAGACCGAUUGGCAAAAAUCAGGGACUCUAAGGCACCAAUUGAACGGGCCAGUGCCACAGUGAAUGAAGACACUUCGAAAGACGUUCUUAAAUGUACAAGCAUUUCUAGGGCUGCUCUAGUGGAGGAAUGGAUGGAUAGUGCCCCUCCUACGGCUUGUUGUAACGAGUUCAUGAGCGAUUCGCUCGAGGUCCAUUUGAAUGAUACAAUUCUCGGCAGAAGCGAAUUGUUGAGCGAAUCGCGGGCAGAUGAGUCGAUGGACUGGGAUGAGAUUCCUGAACCAUCGAACACUCCGAUGGCGCCGAAGGCGCUUCCCGAUGAAGCAAAGCGGAAUAUUAUUUGCCUGGUCACUGACACGAAUGUUUUUAUGCACGACCUACCAAAAGUGCAAGAACUUCUAAAUUUCAAGAUUGUCGGGAGCCAGAAGCUCAUCAUCUACAUUCCUUGGAUGGUGCUAAAAGAGCUGGAUCAUUUCAAAGACAAUUCCAGUCGAAAUUCGUCUAUGAAGUCGCAAGCUUUAACCGCCCAGAAGCUCAUUAAUUCAGCCUUGCUUGAACCCAACUCUAAAGUAGUCGGACAAUCGGUGAAUGAUGUUUGCCAGCAAAUGGAUCUCGGAAAAGACCCAGACGACAAAAUUCUGGCCUGCUGCCUGCAAGCGAAGACGAAAUACACCACAGUGGUUCUUCUGAGCAACGACAUCAACUUACGCAACAAGGCCCUAACUAACGAUCUGAAAACGUACUCGCCUCGGGAACUGGUAGCGAAAUUGAAAUGCAACAAGUUCGUGAAAAUUAAGGUAAAAUUGCAAGGGCUGCUCUCUCAAAUCGUGUUCCAAUGUUGCAAGGAAGUUUACGGCGAUGCGUGCAGCAAGAUGGAAAUGCUGGCAAAUUGCCCCUGGUCCUUCGAAGGAUGCCUUAGAAGAUUUCGACGAUAUUGGGACUCGGUGUUCAAAGAGUUGCUGUUGAAACACUGCUUGAAAACUGUAGAGGAACUAAUUCGAAUCACUGAUCGAGGGGACGUUGCCGAUUCGAACUCCUCGGAAUUUGAUAGAUUCAAAAGCAAAAUUAAGGAACUUUUGUUUUUCCUGCAAGACAUCGAAAAGUACAAUGCGGCCGCGAAAAAAAUGCGGGUGGAAAUGGACAAUAUUGGUGAGGAUGACUGUAUUUUAUAGUUCCCCGGUUUAGCCUGCUACAUUGUUUUGUAAAUUGUCAUGUUAAAAAUUAGUUUUUAGUUUAAAAUGUUACAUUUUUGUUAACAUAUAUUGCUUCAUAUACACUUGAAGUCUGAAUAUUAAA